CCCCCCCAAAUCAAAAGCUAUGAUUUUUGAGGGAUUUAAAACUUGAAACUCGUGUUCUUUGCAUGUUUCAAGCUCUGGGUUUUUUGCCUUCAAUCUCAUGCAUUUGGUGUUAGAUCCUGUCAGUACAAAAGAACUCCUUUUCAAGCUUGAAUUUAUUUGUUUUCAAGUUUUGCAUGCUUUCUGUUUGAAGAAAGAUCCGUGAGAGCUUCAGGUACGGUGUGGUUUAGCUUCGAACACAUUUUAAUUUCUGUUGAAUAAUUUAAGGGGGGAAUGCGUGUGAUUUUGGCGCGUUUUGUGUAGUCAUAACUGAUUAGAUAGAGAUUUGGGGUUUGCUAGAUUUAAUGAGUUCGAUAUGUUUUUGAGAUUCUGGUUCCAAAAAAUGGGAAUCAUAAAUGCUUUUGAAUCAUGAUCAGAGCUGUUAGUAUAGAUAGAGUACUAAAGGAGGAGGAUAGUGAUAUUAGUGAUCAUCUACGGAAUCAUAUUCAUUUAACUAAUUGUAUUCACUUGAAGAACCAUAUGCAUAAGCUUAGCCCUUUAAUGUCUGACCGAUCGCUCGUGAGGGACCUUAUGGUUCUUCAACGCUCCCGGUCACUCAGGGAUCCUUCUGCUAGUCCCCCUUGUUGCCAUUUGCCUUCUGUUGCUGAUUUUCUUUCGAAGAAGGAUGGUUUUCGGGAGGGGAGAAGGUCUGUCAGUGUCGAGAGGCCGAGGAAUGGGAGGAGGCGUUCGAUAAGUUCACCGGUUUUAGCUAAUUUUCAGACUUCGAAAGUUGCUCCGGGCGGAGAAGGUAGUGUUAGUGACCGUAGUAGUAAGAGUGGGGAUAGAGAUAGUAGAAGAAUUAGGACUGCUAUCUCGGGCGAAAAUAAUGAGCCUGCACCAGAGCAAGAUGGUAAGUUUUUGUCUCCUGAUGGGAGUAAAAACCGAAAGGGGAAGCAAACACAAGGGAUUCGAACGAAGACUUUAUCCGAGCAAUUGAAUGACCUCUCCUUGGAUAGUGAUGAUGUAGCAUCUUCCAAUGUCCAGGUUUGUGGAAGGCAUGAGAAACAUCCUGGUGAGGAACGUGAAGUCAGCGUUCGUGGCUAUUCAAGUGGGUUAAACAGGGUGCACAGACGCAAGUUUCAAAGGGCAAGAAGAUCUCGGGCUGUUCCUCGAGAGGUUGGAGGUUGGAAUGAGUUGUCUGUGGAUUCUAAUUCAUUUGGUAAAAGUUCGACGCAUCCCAAGUAUGAUACAGAAGAUGAAGAAAACGUAUAUGAUGCGCGAGAUGUAACGAGGGCACCUAGAAAUGGAUGUGGGAUCCCUUUAAAUUGGUCGAGAAUUCAUCACAGGGGUAAAACUUUCCUUGACAUUGCAGGAAGGAGUUUUUCCUGUGGUUUAUCGGACUGUAGAUUACGUAAACGUGGUGAAGGUUUCCAUGGAAGAAAUGCUCCAGAAAUACCUGUGGAAUCCGAUCAGUCGAGCUCAUCCACGAAAUUCAACACAGAGGCACUGCCUCUUCUAAUUGAGGCAUCUGGAUCUCAGAACAGCACAGACAAGGCUCGUUGGAUGAAUGACUAUUCAGGAGAGUUAGGAAUAUUUUCCGAUAAUUUAUUGAAGCGCAAUGUUGAUUCCGACCUUGUUUCCGAAGAUAGAUCCAGUGACCAAAGCAAGUUAGUUGGGAACCACCAGGGUAGGCACCAAAGUAUCACACAAAAGUACAUGCCAAGAACUUUUAGAGACCUUGUCGGACAAAAUUUGGUAUCACAAGCCCUUUCGAAUGCCGUUACGAAACAGAAGGUCGGAUUGAUAUAUGUCUUCUAUGGACCUCAUGGAACAGGAAAAUCUUCUUGUAGUUGGAUAUUUGCUCGAGCUUUGAAUUGUCAGUCACUUGAACAUCCCAAACCUUGCGGCUUUUGUGAUUCUUGUAUUUCAACUGACAUGGGGAAGAAUCGAAAUAUAAGGGAGGUUGGACCAGUCGGUAACUUUGACUUCGAGAGUAUCAUGGACCUUCUUGAUAAUAUGAACAUAUCCAAGCUGCCUUCACAGUACCGAGUUUUCAUAUUUGAUGACUGUGAUACUUUAUCCCCGGAUUGUUGGAGUGCCAUAUCAAAGGUCAUUGAUCGAUCUCCGAGGCGUGUGGUCCUUAUUCUUGUAUGUCCGAAUCUUGAUAUUUUGCCUCAUAUAAUCAUGUCGAGGUGCCAGAAAUUCUUUUUCCAGAAACUGAAGGAUGCAGAUAUCAUUUAUACCCUGCAGUGGAUUGCAUCCAGAGAGAACAUUGAAAUCGAGAAAGAUGCGCUUAAACUAAUCACAUCUCGAUCUGACGGAUCACUAAGGGAUGCAGAGAUGACACUUGAGCAGCUGAGUUUGCUUGGGCAAAAAAUCUCUGUUCAGUUGGUUCAAGAACUGGUUGGGCUUAUCUCCGAUGAAAAGCUCGUGGAUCUUCUAGAUCUAGCAUUAUCUGCAGACACGGUAAACACUGUAAAGAGUUUGAGGCUGAUAAUCGAAACUGGUGUGGAGCCUUUAGCUUUGAUGUCACAGCUUGCUACUGUGAUAACCGAUAUUCUUGCUAGCAGUUACGAGUUCACUAAAGGAAGGCAUCGAAGGAAGUUCUUCCGAAGACAACCAUUGUCGAAAGAAGAUAUGGAGAAACUACGCCAAGCUUUGAAAACGUUAUCUGAAGCGGAAAAACAGUUGAGGCUAUCAAAUGACAAACUAACAUGGUUAACUGCCGCCUUGCUUCAGCUUGGUCCCAGUCAGCAAUAUAUAUUGCCAAUUUCUUCCGCUGACACUAGCUCUCGUCAUAGUCCGUUGCCUCAAAGUGAUGCGGGUGGAACAGAUAUUCCCCGGGAACGUGGUGAGCUUGUUAUGCAGCAUGAUAACACUAGAGGCUUGUCAAUGAAUGCCAGGUCGGAAAAUCUCCCUGCUGGAAGUCCAGAGGAAUUCAAAGCUGAUACCAUGAAUGGCAGGCAGAAAUUAGUCAAAAACCGUAAGAGAAUCGAAGAAAUCUGGUUGGAGGUGCUCGAGAAUAUUCAAGUUAAUAGUCUAAAAGAGUUUUUGUUUAAAGAAGGAAAGCUGAUAUCGGUCAGCUUCGGUUUAGCCCCAACUGUACAGCUAAUGUUCAGUUCGCAUAUGACCAGAUCUAAAGCCGAUGUAUUUAGGGGGCAUAUUUCACAGGCAUUCGAAUCUGUUGUCGGUUCUCCCCUGACAAUUGAAAUUAGAUGUGAAACAAACAAAGACGCCGCCCCAGCUGGCUUUCGUGGACUUCUCGUCUUACCAUCUUCCAGGGAUGGUCCAUCUCCGGUGGUCAUGAAUCCGGAGUCCAAUUCUCGAAAUAGGAUGCACGAGGUUGGUUCUGAUGAUACUAACAAAAGAGUUAUGGGAGAUAGAGAUUCAGGAGUGCAUGCGAUAUCUCCCGAAGCAGGAAGGGGUGGAAUUGUCGAAAUAGCAACUCCCCCAAGACAAGCCAAUGACAAUGAACAUGAUGAUGAGGUAAAAUCUAACAUAAGAGGAUCAAAGGUGGCUGACGCUGCAGCUUAUCGGAAACCACCAUUGGCAUGCACCUCAGAGAGACAAAAACCCGGGGAACUAACUCCGAGUCAGAGCAUUGUUAGAAGAAAAGUGCCCCUUGCACAGGUAAUUCAUCACGGAGAAGGAUCUACACAGCUGAAUGGGCGGCCGGAGCGCAAAGUGGUUUCCAUUGCUGAAAAGCUCGAACAAGAGAACCUGAAACUUGAACCAAGAUCAAGAAGCUUGCUUUGCCUGAAAGCAUCUCGAGUAACUCAUCGGAAGCUCUCCCGCUUGAAGAUAGGAACCCGAGGACCACAUUCAUUAUUGAAGCUCGUCUCUUGCGGACAUUGUCUUUCUUCUCCGACGAUUUCAAACGGUCAGUGCACGAGUUAACUGAAUUAGUAUUACAUUUGUAAUUAGCUAUUUUUCUCGCCAUUUACGAGCCGUAAAAUCGUUUUCCUCGAAUAAAUGUUCAACUUCUUUGGAAUGAGAAAAUGCAGGCAGGGAACUAAUUGAUAUUCUAGCCAUAGUUUUAUUGAGAUAUCAUGUUCAU